AUGAACCAGAUGAAUGUACCUGGGAUGAAUCCCGGGGUAGGAGGCCCUGUGGGUGGUGUCCCCAUGAUUAAUAAUGGUUCGACGGCUCCUCGUAACGACGGAAAUGUGAACAUUCCCGACACGAUGAUCAAUAAUCUCAACACAUAUAUCUACGACUACUUCUUGAAACGCGGCUACCACGAAUGCGCCAGAGCACUUGUUCAAGACGAUUCGAUUAAGCUCAACACCGAACCUCCCACGAAAACGAGUCCGGGUCACCGUGGGGACGGCGCCAUAAAUGGCGUUGACGGCGAUGCUAUGAUGAUGGAUAAGGAUGGCGAUAAGAUCAAGAUUGCAGAUGAUCUUCCUCGGCCUAGCCUUCCCAGCGAAAGCCAGCAAUCAUCUUUUCUCUUAGAUUGGUUUAGUCUAUUCUGGGAUUUCUUUUGGGCUCAACGGAAGAAGGGGAACAGUAAUGACGUGAGGCAGUAUCUCCAGCACACUCAGAACAUCAUGCGCCUCAGAGAACAGCAACACAACCAGCUGUUGCGGCAACAGCCUAUGAUGGCCGGACAGAUGGGACAACUCAACAUGCGCCGGAACAAUAUGGUUCCCCCGAAUCUUCAGAAGACUGUGUUGCAGAACAAUACUCCCGGCCUCUCCCAGCAACAGUUGGCCCAGUUCCAAAAGACUCAGCAAGUGCAAAUGAUGCAGCAGAUGCAGCGUGAGCACUCCGACAUGGACAUGAACGGGCAUCGUCCCCAGUCCCCCGCGUCCGCUGAUAAUGCUCCUUCUCCAUCCAAACGGCCUCGUCUUGAAGGCGGUCCCAUGAAUGGACAACAGUUGGCACCCAACGGACGCGGACAAGGGCAGGGCAUUCCCGGUCAGCCAAACCCGCUGUUGAUGCAGAACGGAAUGAACCGAAUGAAUCCGGCCCAAUUUCAGGCUUUCCAGCAGUCGAACCCCGCUACACAACAGAAAUCCAUCCAGGUAUAUGCUCAAAACUUAGCUCUUCAUCACUCACGCUCAGCAUUGAAUAACCAGGGCAUGCCGAAUGGUUUGAUAAAUCCCGGUGUCAUGCCAAACCAGACUGAUCUGGUGCCUAUGCCAGACGGCCAAGGUAUGUAUCCGAUGAGCGGCGACUACUAUGGCGCGAAUGGACAGAUGGCCCAGGUUCGGGCUGGAAUGCAGACACCUGGCGGUCAGCACGGCAACCACGCUCUCCAAGAUUACCAAAUGCAACUUAUGCUGCUUGAACAGCAGAAUAAGCGGCGUUUGAUGAUGGCUCGUCAAGAGCAGGAUAGCAUGGCCCGUACUGAUGGCCAGACCCCAAUGCCCGGGCAACAGGGGUUGCCGCCAGGCACCUCUCCGGGUAGCAGGGCGGGCGCGUCACCGAAUCCAAACGAUCAAAUGAAGAGGGGUACGCCAAAGAUGCCCCAGACCGCUCUCCCCGGAUCCCCCAGCGCUGCCGACCCGAUGGCCCAGAAUCGUGGAUCCCCGGCUUCCAUGAACUUCAACGGCGGUCCGAUGCCUCCCGACAUGGCUGCUCCGUUCUUGAUGAAGGGCAACAUGCCUCCCCCUAGCUCAAACCCGGCUUUCAGUGGCCCUCAAAUGGGCCAACCGAUCCCCGCCGGAGCUGGAAACCGUGGAAGCUGGCCUCCUCAACCGGGACCUCAAGGUCAACCAAUGGCACCGCACCAGUCCCCAAUUCCUCAACCCCAGGCCGGAACCCCGCAAGAACGCGGCAACAUGCCUCCCCCCCAGGCUCCGCCAGCUGCAGGCCCCAAUGCCGGCCGGGCUCAACCCCAAUCUCCUUCAACGGGACCCGCUGCGCCUCCGACGCCGCAGCAACCCAAUAAGCCGGCACCCAAGAAGAAAGACACCAAGGGUACUAAGCGACCCUCCAAGAAGGCAACAGCCACAGCCGCUAAUGCGAACCCGGCGGCCACACCAUCCUCCGAAGCGGAGCACCCCCCGACUCCCACCCCUCCAACUCCUAUCACCCCUCAAAAUCCUAACUCGUUUAACAAGAACGGGGCAAAUGCGACUACGAACGCUCCUCAACAGCCGACAUCAGCACCCGCGCCUCCUCAACCUCUCGUCCAGCAACCACCACAGCCAGAUCAGACCACUCAGUUCAGUGACCUCAACAUCCCAGAUGCGUCUGCUUUCAAUCUCGAUUUCAGUGCUCUGGAGAAUCCAGAUAUCCUAGAGAACUUCGAUUUUGAUACCUUCCUCAACACCGAUGCGGAUACGGCCGGGUUUGGAUUUGAUCCAAACAUACCUUAUUCCACAGAUGGCGUCGAGACCGGUGCCACAGAUGGCAUUUAA